AUGGGCCACCUGGAGCUGCUGCUCGUGGAGAACUUCAAGUCGUGGCGGGGCCGCCAGGUCAUCGGCCCCUUCAAGAGGUUCACCUGCAUCAUCGGCCCCAACGGCUCCGGGAAGUCCAACGUAAUGGAUGCACUUAGUUUCGUGAUGGCAGAGAAAAUAGCUAACUUGAGAGUGAAACACAUUCAAGAGCUCAUUCAUGGCGCGCAUGUCGGAAAGCCCGUGGCCCCUUCCGCGAGUGUGAAAAUCGUGUACGUGGAGGACAGCGGAGAAGAGAAAACGUUCGCGAGGAUUAUCCGAGGGGGAUGCUCGGAAUUCCGUUUUGAUGAUAGUCCUGUGAGCCGUUCCGCUUAUGUAGCAGAGCUGGAAAAGAUAGGUAUAAUAGUCAAAGCCCGGAACUGUCUAGUUUUCCAGGGAACUGUAGAGUCAAUUUCUAUGAAAAAACCCAGAGAAAGAACCCAGUUUUUUGAGGAAAUCAGCUCUUCCAGAGAGCUUGUAGGAGAAUACGAGGAAAAGAAAAGGAAGUUACAGAGAGCCGAAGAGGACGCCCAGUUUAAUUUCAAUAAGAAAAGAAACGUAGCUGCAGAGCGCAAGCAGGCCAAGUUGGAGAAGGAGGAGGCAGAACGCUACCAGAGUCUCCUUGAAGAACUGAAAAUAAACAAGAUUCAACUGCAGCUUUUCAAACUAUAUCAUAAUGAGAAAAAAAUUCUCUCUCUGAACAGCGAGUUAGAACAUGCAAAUACAAAUCUAAGUGUCACGACAGAGUCUCUUUCUCGUCAUGAAGCCAUUGUGAAAGCCAAGAAAAGGGAACAUGGAGGGCUAACUAGACAGCUACAACAGACAGAAAAAGAAUUAAAAUCUCUUGAAGCACUUUUAAAUCAGAAGAGGCCUCAGUACAUUAAAGCCAAAGAAAACACUUCUCACCACCUCAAGAAAUUAGAAGUGGCUAAAAAAUCAAUGAAGGACAGUGAAAAACAAUGUUCUAAACAGGAAGAUGACAUAAAAGCCCUAGAGACAGAGCUGGUUGAUUUAGAUGUUGCAUGGAAAAGCUUUGAAAAGCAGAUUGAGGAAGAAGUCCUGCGGAAAGUGCGAGACAUUGAAUUAGAAGCCAGUCAGCUGAACCGUUAUAAAGAACUCAAGGAACAAGUAAGAAAGAAGGUGGCCAUAAUGAACCAGCAGCGGGAGAAACUGCAGUGGGAGCAGAAGGCCGACACGGAGAGACUGGCGUUUGAAAGGCGGAGGCACGGAGAAGUUCAGGAAAAUCUAAAACAAAUAAAAGAACAAAUAGAAGAUUAUAAAAAACGAAUAGAGAAGCUGGAAGAGUACACAAAAACAUGCAUGGAUUGCUUAAAAGAGAAAAAACAGCAAGAGGAAACCCUAGUGGAUGAAAUUGCAAAAACAAAGUCGAGAAUUUCUGAAGUUAAUGAAGAGAUGAGUCUUGUCAGAAGUGAACUGCAGAAUGCGGGAAUUGAUUACCACGAGGGGAAACGCCAGCAGAAGAGGGCAGAGGUCAUGGAACACCUGAAAAGGCUUUACCCAGACUCCGUGUUUGGAAGACUGCUUGACCUGUGUCACCCUAUUCAUAAGAAGUACCAGCUGGCUGUCACGAAGCUUUUUGGCCAGUACAUGGUCGCCAUCGUUGUAACCUCUGAGAAGGUAGCAAGAGAUUGUAUUCGAUUUCUGAAGGAGGAAAGAGCUGAACCUGAGACAUUCCUUGCUCUAGAUUACCUUGAUAUCAAGCCAAUUAAUGAAAGGUUACGGGAGAUUAAAGGCUGUAAAAUGGUGAUCGACGUCAUACAGACUCAGUUUCCUCAGCUGAAGAAAGUGAUCCAGUUUGUGUGCGGCAACGGCCUUGUCUGUGAGACCGUGGAAGAGGCGCGGCAUAUUGCGUUUGGCGGCCCGGAGAGGCGGAAGACAGUAGCUCUUGAUGGAACAUUAUUUUUAAAAUCGGGGGUGAUUUCUGGAGGUUCAAGUGACUUAAAAUACAAGGCUCGAUGCUGGGAUGAGAAAGAGUUAAAGAAUUUAAGAGAGAGAAGAACCCGGCUAAUGCAAGAAUUAAAGGAUUUAUUGAAGAUGCUUCGCAAGGAAGCAGAUUUGAAACAAAUACAGACUCUCGUGCAAGGAACGCAUACGCGGCUCAAAUACUCACAGAGUGAGCUGGAGAUGAUUAAAAAGAAGCACCUUGCUGCUGCUGCCCGGGAACAAUCUCGGCUGCAAAGUGACCUGCUGAACAUUGACUCCCAGUGCUCUAUGCUGGAGGGAGCAAUCCAAGCACGGCAACAAAGAAUUGAAGACUUCCAAGGGAGGAUAGAUAAGGUUGAAGAUGAUAUUUUCCAACACUUCUGUGAAGAAAUUGGUGUGGCAAAUAUUCGCGAAUUUGAGAAAAAACAUGUUAAACAGCAACAAGAAAUUGAUCAAAAAAGAUUAGAAUUUGAGAAACAAAAAACUCGGCUUAAUAUUCAACUUGAAUACAGUCGCAACCAGCUGAAGAAGAAACUAAACAAGAUCGGCACGCUAAAGGAAACUAUCCGGAAAGGCGCAGAAGAUAUCGGUAACCUGAAGAAGGCUGAAGAAGGCUGCCUGCGAGCUGUGGACGAGCUCGUCCAGAAGCGGCAGCAGCUGGAGGACACGUUUGCUGCUCAGAAUUCCAAGGCUGAGAAAGUCCAAGCUCAAACUGAAGAGGAGCGGAAGAAGUUUUUGGCUGUUGACAGGGAGGUGGGAAAAUGGCAAAAAGAAGUUGUAACCAUUCAGUCUUCGCUGGAACAGAAACGGCUCGAGAAGCAUAACCUGCUGCUUGACUGCAAAGUCCAAGACAUCGAAAUAACCCUUUUGUCGGGGUCCCUGGAUGACAUCAUUGAAGUAGAGCUGGGAACUGAAGUGGGAAGCACCCAGGCGACACUGGAAAUGUACGAGAAGGAGGCAGCCAUUGAGAUAGACUACAGCUCUCUGCGAGAGGAUUGGAAGGCUCUGCAAGCUGAUAAAGAAGUGGAGGCCCACCUGAGGCUCCUCCUGCAACAAGUAGCAGCGCAAGAAGACGUCCUGUUGAAGACGGCGGCCCCAAACCUAAGAGCCCUGGAGAACCUGAAGACCGUCCGAGACAAGUUUCAGGAGUCCGCAGACGCUUUUGAGGCCAGCAGAAAGGAAGCCAGAGUGUGUAGGCAAGAGUUUGAGCAGGUGAAGAAAAGGAGAUACGACCUUUUCAGCCAGUGCUUUGAGCACGUCUCAGUCUCAAUUGACCAAAUCUACAAGAAGCUCUGCAGAAACAACAGUGCCCAAGCAUUUCUUAGCCCAGAGAACCCUGAAGAGCCUUACUUGGAGGGAAUUGGCUACAACUGCGUGGCCCCCGGCAAGCGGUUCAUGCCGAUGGACAAUUUGUCAGGGGGAGAGAAGUGCGUGGCCGCUCUGGCUCUCCUGUUCGCCGUGCACAGUUUUCGGCCUGCUCCGUUCUUCGUUUUGGACGAAGUGGACGCAGCCCUGGACAACACCAACAUUGGCAAAGUAUCAAGUUACAUCAAAGAGCAGACUCGAGAACAGGUUCAGAUGAUAAUCAUUUCCCUAAAAGAGGAGUUCUAUUCCAAGGCCGACGCUCUGAUUGGCAUCUACCCGGAGCAUGACGACCACAUGUUCAGCCGAGUCUUGACCCUAGACCUUUCUCAGUAUCCAGACACCGAAGGCCAAGAAAGCAGCAGGAGACAGCAGGAGUCUUUUUAGGGUCCACAGUGCCCUUGAGCCACUGCCAGCUCUCAGAGCAGGUCAGGCAGCGGCCAGGGUCCCCACUGUUCAGUUCUCACGCGAAUGUUCAGACCCAGGCUGGGCUGUUCAGUUGGCCGCAGCAUGGUUCCGUGCACCGAAAGUCUGCCGGUUCAAUCCCCGGUCAAGGCACAUACCUAGGUUGCAGGUUCAAUGCCCAGUUGGGGAGCAUACAGGAGGCAACUGAUUGAUGAUGUCUCUCUCUCGAAAAAGAAAAAUCAAUUAAAAUAAGUCCUUGGGGUGAGGAUUUAAAAAAGUGAAAGCUUAACCAUUUCCAGCCAAAGAGGCUGUUGCUCAUUUCCAUCAAGGAGUGCUCAGGCCUCGUUCCGGCAGGUGGGUUCCUGUGAGUCGGCGUUGGAUGACUUGCCGAAAGAGGGUGCACGUUUGCACCCCCAUUUUCACUUCAUGUUGAAAGCCAGAAAAACUUUGAAUUCCACAUCAUCUUCACUCUGGUCUUGCCUUGUUCGUUUAAGUCAUCUUUAAAGGGUACUCUUGGUUUCUAAAUGUACCCGUUACAGGAUGUUGAGCCUGGGUUUUAUGAGAAAUAAUUUCAGAGGAACUGAUGUCAAUAUGAAAAUAUCAAUUAAAAA